UUGUUUGCUUCGUCUCUUGUUGCCAAGGUCUUUCAAUGGAGUCACUGGAGGUGGCAAAUGGGAAGAGUACCGCCCUGGGCGUAAGCCGAGAAACCUCAAGCCCGCCCCAGAUGGGUUUCUUUAUUGCCCAAGUGGUGCUUAGGUUUUUUACUAUUGCGUUUACAGCGGCGGCCAUUGCUGUUAUGGUCACCGCCAAGGAGACUGUCGAGGUCUUCUCCAUCUCCUUCACUGUCCGUUAUAGCUACUUGUCAGCGUUCAAGUUUCUAGUGGGUGCAGACGCAGUUGUAUGCGGCUUCUCUAUGCUGUCAUUGAUCUUCGUUUCGAUUUUCAACAAAGGAAAAUCAAAUCACUAUUUCUUCUUGUAUUUCCAUGAUCUGAUACUGAUGGUGCUGUCCAUGUCGGCUUGCGCUGCCGCAACCGCGGUUGGGUAUGUGGGUCGCUAUGGACAAGACAAGGCAGCUUGGAUGGCUGUUUGCGGAAAUGUGAAGAUGUUUUGCGACAAGGCCUUAGCCUCUAUAUUAUUGUCUCUUAUUGGUUUCAUCUGUCUCUUCCUUCUUACAAUCAUGGCUGCCAGAAAUCUUAGAGCCUCUGGCCAUUUGAUCUGAGAGUGGAAUAGAGAAGCUUUUUUUUUUUAGGGAAAAAGAGGAUGAGAUAUGAAAAGCUGUUUGGUUGAUUGGAAAUAACAGUAAGUUCCAUUAUG